GCCAUAUUCCUUUCUCUCACUUUUGCUCCUUUUUUGUCUCAUAGUUUCUGCAUUUCUUGCUCACAUCACCUCUCUGUUACACAACAAACUCCUCUGUUCUCAGACCAUAAAAAAGGUUGAAACUGAAAUUCGUGGAUGGAUUGAUUAUGCAGAUUGAACCCAUCAUCUACUCCUUUUAUUUCCUAGUCUGUUCAGCUUUCAUUUUUAUUGCUUAAAAAGAACAUUUUCUCAGUCUCAAGUCUUUUGAUUCUUUCAUGAAAUAACCGAGAGUUUGGGGUCCUUUUUUCAGUGUGAAACUGGAAUGUUACUUUCACAAAACCAAAAAGCUCAGAACUUUGGAGUCAUUUUCAAGUGGGCUUUUUCUUAUUUAUCAAAAGAAAGGCUUUUUUAAGUGGAUUUUGGUUUCUUGGAAGACAUGCUGCUCCAGCCUCCAGGCUUCUCAAAAGGGUUGCUUUGUUUUGUGCUGCAUUUGCUCUUCUGAAGUUUGAGGCCAAAAUUUGAGUGCAAGAAGGUACUGCAGAGGCUCUGAGAGAAAUGUGCUAUGAUUAUGCUGAAGAAAAGCCAAAAAUGUUGGUUUCUUUGAUAAAGUGGUAUGCUUGAUUUGAUGGUAAAAGAGAGAUGGGUGUAACAAGCUCAAAAGAGGGGAGGAGUGAAGCUUUAAGACUAUGCAAAGAAAGGACAAGAUUUAUCAAACGAGCUAUUGAAUCAAGAUAUGCUUUAGCAGCUGCUCAUGUUGCUUAUGUUGAAUCAUUAAGAAAUAUUGGGAAUGCUCUUAGGAGAUAUGCUGAGGCUGAAGCACUUAUAGAGUCCUCUAUACCUACUUCAGCCACUGAACUGGAAAAAACCCCUUCACAUUCUUCGUAUCUGUCGCCCUCGCCAUCUCACAUUGGGGGUGUUUCAGGUUCUCCAGUGCUUAAUGGGAGCCCCCUUUCACCACCCAAUGCUAGGAUGAGUUAUAUGAUGUCAGGUGGGACUAGUGCUGUGACUGUUAGGAUGAUUCCAAAUUUACCAAGGAAUAUGUAUGUGGGUGAUGAUGAGUACGUGACGCCUCCACCACCACCGCCUCCACCUCCACCUCCACCUCCUGAAUCAGGAUCUUCUUGGGACUUUUUUUAUCCAAUUGAUGAUUCUGAGAGCUUUAGAUUUGUUGGGGAUAACAAUGUGCCUCUGGAUUUCGAUGAUGUGAAAAUGCAUGGCGUUGUUGGGGAAAAACAUGCGGGUUUUAAUAGCAACAAUGAAAUGGAUGAAGUGUUCGUGACACCAAAAUCAAAGGUGCAGAGCAAUAGCAAGUUGGUUGUGUACAAUGGGAACUCAUCUAUACCUCAAAGGACUCAAAGUGGUCCUCAGCCAGUAGUUGAUAGUGAAGUUAAGGAUAUGAACAUAGAACCAAAAAGGAAUGGCUCUGUUGGAACAUCAGUGGGCAAAACAGGUUCUGAGCAGUCAAUCUCCAGGAGAGAUAAGUCUGCAGUGGGGAAGGACAUGUGCACUGACAGAGAGGAUCCUUCAGAGUUCAUUACUCACAGGGCUAAAGAUUUUCUGCCUAGUAUAAAAGACAUUGAGCACUGGUUUUCCAAAGCAUCUGAAUCAGGGAAAGGAAUUUCUAGGAUGCUUGAGGCAAAUAAAAUCCAAGUUGGAUAUGCUGAAGCUAAAGGAAAAGCACCAGUUGCAGUUUAUUUGGCUUCUUUCAAAACAGCUUGCUGCCAAGGAAAAAAUGCAAACGUAUCUGAUGAUCCAGAGCAGCACGCAACAAAGGUUAUUACAUGGAAGCGGACAACAUCUUCAAGGUCCUCUUCUUCAAGAACUCCUCUUACUAAAGAUGACAAUGACGGUAGUAGUAGUGACUUCAUGGAGGAGUUCUGCAUGGCUGCUGGAAGUCAUUCUUCUACCUUGGAUAGACUCUAUGCAUGGGAGAGGAAGUUAUAUGAUGAAGUCAAGGCCAGUGAAUCUAUCCAGAAGGAGUAUGACCGAAAGUGCAACCAGCUCAGGCACCAAUCUGCAAAGGAUCUUAGUGCCCAAGUAAUUGACAAAACCAGAGCUGUGGUAAAACAUUUGCAUUCACGAAUUUCAGUUGCCCUUCAUGCUGUUGAUUCAAUCUCAAAGCGGAUUGAGAGACUGAGGGAUGAUGAAUUGUUGCCCCAACUUUUGGAACUUAUUCAAGGAUUAAUCUGGAUGUGGAAAUGGAUGCUUGAGUGUCAUUAUUCACAGUAUAUAACCAUCUCGUUAGCAUACCAUUCAAAGACCUCGGGAGGGACUGCCCAAGGAGAUGCGCACAAGGAUAUCAUGUUGCAGCUGCUGCAUGAAGUAGAAUGUUUUGGCUUGAGUUUUGCUGAUUGGAUCAACAGUCUCACAUCAUAUGUAGAAGCUCUAAACAGUUGGCUACAGAACUGCAUCUUGCAGCCUCAAGAACGAUACAAGGGCAGAAGAGUAUUUUCUCCUCGUCCAGUUUUACCACCACCAAUAUUCGCUCUCUGUCGUGAGUUGUCUGCCGGCAUCAAAUGUUUGCCAUCACAAGAACUUAGUGAUGCAAUCAGAGUCUUUUUAUCUGAUCUUCGCCAGUCAAUUGGACAUCAAGCUGAUGAACCACCCAAGAAAGAAAACACGCCCGAAGCUGGCAAUAAUGGAGAAUUGGAGUGCAACAAUGAAGAGAAAAUUGAUGACAGGUCUGCAAAUUUGAAUAGCUUACAAACAAGUUUGGCAAAGGUAUUGGACAGUCUAACCAAGUUUUCUGAGGCUUCACAGAAAAUGUACGAAGAUGUUAAGCAGAAAAGUUUGACAGCUAUAAAUGCAUAUUACAAUUACAGACCACCACCAAGGUCACAUACCAUAUGAGGUAUAUUUUGUGUUUGAUUGUAACCAACAGCUUGGUGAGAAUAGGAACUCUAAUGAACAGGAGGAUGGAAUUCUUAUCUUUUACAUAGCUUAACUGGAUGGGUAAAAGGGGACUUGUGUUUCAAGGCAUUGUGCAGAUCCUUGUAUUUUUGUUCUUAUCUAAAUGUUUUCCUGUUCUGAUUUC